CACACUCUGUAUUAUCACUGUCGUCAAAGGGGGUGUGUAUAAGAACCUGAAAAACCAAACGAACCUGUCUGUGAGGAGUUCCAUAUAUCACAGCACUGCAGGUGGCUUUAUUUCCAUAGUGCUGUGUGUUGCUGCAGGAAAGCCACCUCUUUCCCCUUGCUUCUGAGACCUCCUUUUGGACCUAAACAUUGCGACGGGAAUAAGCACCCAUCUGCACGGGGAUGUUGGACUCGGUCACUCACAGCACCUUUCUGCCAAACACAAUGAUCUGCGAGCCCCUGAUGUCUUGGACAGAAUUGUUUGGGACAACUGAGGACUAUUAUCCCAUCUUUGAUCAUCAGACAGUCGGCGAUUCUUGCUGGACAUCUAUUCACCCGGAAUACUGGAGUAAACACAAUGUCUGUGAGUGGCUGCAGUUUUGCUGUGACCAAUACAAGUUAGACGCCAACUGCAUCUCCUUUUCUCACUUUAAUAUUAAUGGCUUACAGCUGUGUAACAUGACCCAGGAGGAGUUCACAGAUGCUGCCGGCGUUUGUGGCGAAUACCUUUAUUUCAUCUUACAGAACAUCAGGAUACAUGGCAUUUCCUUUUUUAAUGACAUUGAAGAAACCAAGCCACCUAUCAAAGAUUACAAUGAUAAGGCAUGCCUGAGAACAGGGGGCACGAAGAGUCAAGAAUGUCACAGCCGUGGUAGAACAAGCCUGCAGAGUUCUCACUUGUGGGAAUUUGUAAGAGACCUUCUCCUGUCUCCAGAAGAAAAUUGUGGCAUUCUCGAUUGGGAGGACAGAGAACAAGGCAUCUUUCGAGUUGUUAAGUCAGAAGCCCUGGCAAAGAUGUGGGGACAAAGAAAGCGAAACGACAGAAUGACAUAUGAAAAACUGAGCAGAGCUCUCCGGUAUUAUUAUAAAACUGGAAUUUUGGAACGCAUAGACAGAAGGCUAGUGUACAAGUUUGGAAAGAACGCCCAUGGGUGGCAGGAGAACAAGCUCUGAACUAACUGUCCCAUUCAUCAGACUGAUUAUGCAAUCUGCAACAUAGUGUCUGACUGCAGUAGACAUUUGAGAGAAGGAAUUUUUCUCCUGCAUCUCUCCUCUACUCCAGUCUGGAGCUGACAACUGUUUCUGAGAGACUGGCCAGAGCAACACAUGACAGCACAUGAAUGGGGUGGCUCUUCCCCACUAUAUACUUUGUGACCAGCAUUAGCUCAUGCAUAGCUCUUAUGAAAAUAACACUUGUGAUGCAGCUCAAGGUUUUCUUGAGAGGAAUUGUUUUUAUCUGUGGCACCUCUUCCUAUGCCAAC